UUCUCCCGCUGCCAACAGUCUGUGAACGCCUCACGGUACCCUACGCUGACACUUGAAGCCUGACCUAAGCUAAAGCUUAGCAUGUCUGAGAAGGAGCUGGGGAAGAAAUGGGACCGCUGCCUGGCCGAUGCGGCUGUCAAGCUCGGCACCGGUCUGGGAUUGGGAAUAGUCUUUUCUGUCAUCUUCUUUAAACGACAUACAUGGCCAAUCUCUCUGGGCUCCGGUGCUGGGCUGGGGAUGGCCUACGCAAACUGUCAGAAUGAUUUAAGAUCACAUUACAUGUUACGGAAAAAUGAAAAGGAGGCGUAGCUGCAUGUGGUCGUGGGCCUUUUUUCUUCCAUGUAUGUUUUGUUUCAUUUCACUGGGAGUCAUCAUUAAUAUUGCACUGUUGUCGGACAAGUCCUUCAUGUCUGUAUCAUUUAUGUGCGUCUAAUCACGUUAAUUUAAUACAAUGGGAGUGUUUUUAAAAAAAAUGUCAUGAAUGAAACCUGAUACUAACAAUGUAUGGCAAUAAAUGAAUCCAAAAAUAUAA